CCCUACCCACAACCAAAUCGGCUGUACGGAGUGAGUUGUUCACUUUCGGUCAUCUCAUUUUCGUAUUUUUUUUCGAAAAUUCUUAACACAUAUUUGGGGCAUAAGUUCAUUCAAAUCAUUUAUUAGAUAUUCAACAGUCUAAGCUAUAAGAACACGUCACGACAAUUACGGUACACAGCGAUAUUUGUACUGGGCGAUUUGUAAAGCUAAUUCGAUAUUUGCCCUCGAUGUGUUGUUGGGCUGGUUAGGCGAUUUGAUUUCUUGAGUGCUUUGAAUGUAGUAUGGCGAGGCAAGAGAACGGAUCGGUUAUGGAAAAUGGCAGUGCUACACAUAAUGAAUUUUCAAACUGGAUGGGAGAGUUGCCUGAUAGAUUACGAAGUGAAUCACUGAAAAAUAUAGCUAUUCCAGGAUCUCACGACUCUUUCAGUUUCUUCCUCGACUGCCAAUCACCAGUUUCAUCGGGCUCACCAGACACAGUACGGAACCUUGUCGCAGUCUUUGGUGAUGCAGCCAAAAAGAUUGUCCACAAUUGGUCAGUCACACAGUCACUCAACUUCAAACAGCAGCUGGACCUAGGAAUUCGCUACUUUGACUUCAGAAUAUCACGCUGUCCAGGCAAGGAAGGCUUCUAUUUCGUGCAUGGUCUGCAUGGCUUACAAGUUAGCAACGGCUUGCGAGAAAUCAAUGACUGGUUAAAUGAGCAUCCAAGAGAAGUUGUAAUCAUUGAUUUCAACCAUCUGUACUGCAUGCAGGAGAAGCAUGAUCAGCUCAUAUCCUGCAUAGAGGGUGCAUUUUCCUCCAAGCUUUGCCCUGAGAUGGAUCUGGAAGCAGUCACCCUUAAUGUCCUGUGUGAUGAGGGUUGGCAGGUGAUUACAAUCUACCAUGAUGAAACGUCGGUAAAACAUCCUAACAUCUGGCAAGGUCGCAGUAUCCACAGCGUAUGGCCCAACACAACUGAAGCACCCAAGAUGGUGAAUAUACUAAAUGCUCAUCACACCAGAGGAAGGCCUCAGGACAAGUUUUAUGUAUCACAGGGUGUCUUGACCCCAACGGGUACUACCAUUCUACAGCAUAUUGGUAGUAACUUGAAAGAUGUACUUGCGACUGCAGCAAUCAGGAAUACAAAGUUCUUUUUGAAGGAUAAAGCUAUUGGACCGAAGGGUAUUAAUAUUGUCAUCGCAGACUUUGUAGAAAUGGAGCAGUAUGUUGAGUCUGUUCUUGCACUCAAUCUAAAGGGAUAGUGGAUUACUGUAAUAUGCCAAACUUGCCAGAGAUGGAAAACAAAUUUUAACUGAAGAACAUAUGUGGUACUUUUAUGUAUAGUAUUUAUUGUGGGUAUUUAUUGUGAAGAAUAUAGUAUUCAUAUAUUUGAUUAAUUUAUCUAUAAAUGUCAAUUACUUGUAGAUUUGUGUCUUACAUAUAGUAGCUUAUGCAAAUGUCCAUGUUUAAACAGAUGAAUGACAAAAAUGUUAUUGUUUUUUUUUCCAAAUUCACGAUAGUCUGUAGCUAUUGUAGUGACCAAGAAGUGCUAUUGAUAAUCGCAAGCAGAAAAAAUACAUGAGAUGUUGUUAAAUUAUCUGUUUAGAAAUAUGAAUUAAUUCUGAAUACAUCUAUAUCAGUGAGCUGCAAACUUGAGCUCAUGAAUCGGUUUCUCAAAUUAUACUUUGUAUUUGGGAAGGAAAAAAAAUUAGUCUCACUUUGUAAUAGUUAAAGAUGAUUUUUUUUAAAGGAAUAUGAAAUUCUAUGGUAUAUUCUUACUUCCAAAAUAAGUGGCAGAAUUUCAGUCUCAUAAAAAUCCAGCAUUCCUGUACAGAUUAGUCAAUUAGAUAGAAUGAGUAUCUAGUUAAGUUAUUUUUUGUGAUUCAGUAAAAAGAAAAAGAAAAGGUUUUACAACCUCUUUGUGUAUGUUUAGGCUAGUAUGCUGUUAAUUGUUUGUUGUUUUGCAAUUUGAUUUCAUCAAUUAGAUCCUGCCAAUAUUGAUUUGUUUUUAGUUGAUUUAACAAGUAUGAACUUUUUCUCCUCUCAAAUGAUACAAGCUUCAUUGUUCCCUGUAAUCAUUCCAAGGUGCUGUGUUAAGUUUGAGCUAAAACAAAAAAUGAUGCAAAGUCUGUAUGCAACUCCGAGACAAUUUGAUUAGAGAGAGAAAAAAUGUCAUCAUUAAAGCUAUUGUACAAUGUACCAAUCAUCUUACGACAAUAAGCUAUACCACGUUUAUGUAAACAAGUUGUAUCUUUUUCUUGUAGGGAAUGUAUAGGCAAUGAAAACCUCACAUGAUUGUAGCUGUAUUCUUUUUUGUACUUGAGCAUUAUUGAGCAUUCAGAUAUGAGACAAUGCUCAGCAAUAAUGUUGAUAUGGUGAGAGAACUCAUUCCACGUAUGCUAACGAACAUAUUAACUCUUGUAUGCCCCUAAACAGGUUGCCCCGGGAACCUCGACACGUCUUCAGACAGUAUGUGUUCGGGCUGCCGCAGUAACUAAACAGGAAGCCUAGUACUGGGAAAGAUGGUGCUUUUGUUAUUUAACUGAUUUGUCCUAUGGAAUGGAAUAGAAUCAAGAAUGGGCCUAUAUUACCUAGUAAUUUAAGAAUUAUUGUACAUGGAUGAAGUACAAGAAAUUAUUUUUCUUUUAUUGCCUCAAAAAUAACUGUACCCUUGUUUUGGAAUAUGAUAAAUUAGUUAUCAUUGUAAGGCUUAUGGGGGGUUUCAAGAAACUUUUGCGAUCAAUUGCAAGUCUACUUGCAGUCCCUAAAUUGAUUGUAAGUUUUGAAAUUAAAAAAUUAAAUUGUAAUUUAUUUGUAAUCUGCUUCUUGAAACAAGCAGUGUAAUCUGACUUGCUACAGUUAAGAGAGUCAAAAGUGGCCUAAGCUUUCGAUCCUAGCAGAAUCUUCUUCGGAGGCAAAAUGACCAGUUAAGACUGAUUUAUCAAUUGCAAAAUUGCAACAAAAUAUUUGCAAUAGAUUGCACAUAUUUUCUUGCAACACCCUGUUAGAUUCUCCUCUUUCACCUUGUAAAUCUUAGAAGAUUCUUCAUUCAUGCAUGAGUGAGUAAAAAACAAAUAGUCCAUCUACCAUCCAAGUUUGGUUGAAAAGCAACAUACGGU